UCGCUUUAUUUGCGUUCAUCCGGGCCGCCGUAGUCUCGCCGCAGGUUUUCCCAACAUGGCUGCCUCCAUCACUCACCCUGCUCUGUCCUCCUUAUGCAAAAUAAACUGUAAUAUUAAUGGAAUAUAUAGUUUAGUUUCAUUAAAUAGGAGGAUUUCAAUCUCCUCUGUCCUCUCAACAAGCGCCGUGGCCACAGAAAGAGAAGCCACAGGUAGAGGUGGUCGGGGUCAGUGGAGGUCAAGGAGACAGGCUGGGGAGCCCAGGACAGAGCGGAUGGCCGAGGAUCAGGACUGGACCGCGGUUUACCCCACUGCUGCCUCAUUCAAACCGUCCGCGGUUCCCCUGCCGGUGCGGAUGGGAUAUCCCGUUAAGAGAGGCGUACCGCCUGCCAAGAAGGGCAACCUGGAGCUGAUAAAGAUUCCAAACUUUUUACACUUAACCCCGGUUGCCAUUAAGAAGCACUGUGAGGCGCUGAAGCCGUUCUGUACGAAGUGGCCGUCCGCCCUGGACUCUGAUGAGAAAUGCAUGGAGCACUUCCCAAUCCAGGUGCAGAGUAAGGAAUUUGUAUCCGCUGGACUGUCGCUGCGAAACCCAGACGCGCGGAUAGUGACACUGAAGGUGAAGCUCUCCAGCCUAAAUCUGGAUGAUCAUGCCAGAAAGAAGAUGAUCAAACUCAGCGAUGAGCGUUACUGUAAAGACACCGACACGCUCACCAUCACCACAGACAGUUGCCCGCUGAGACAGCAGAAUUAUGAUUACGCCAUGUACCUCCUCACCGUGCUUUACCACGAGUCCUGGAAGAACUCAGCAAGAGCCCUGAUUUUUCUCUCAGCGUGCAGCGGAGCGGUUAACCCAUCAUCUUAUCUUACACGCAGCGUUGGCCUUUCAGAAGCAAACCACCGAGCGUCUCCAUGUCUUCCGUCAGCUCCUCAAUUAUACUCCCAUUCUCUCAAGUGAAAGGCCAAUCUCAUCAAUUAGUCGCAAACCAUUUGAUUUCCCUCUUCGGUUAAAUUGAAUCAUUUGGGUCAACAGUCCUAAUCAAAUCCUCAAGAUCUGGCCAAACCACCUUCAUCUCCAUAGAAACCACCUAAUCCAUCAUUCCCUCCUUAAGUAGUGCCCUGCGGCGGGGUGACUGGGGAAAGGAAUGGAGGAUAGUUGGACGAGGGAUGGUUUUUUGUGGGCUCGUAUUGAUAGUCAUUAGUCUGGAGCACCUGCACUGGCGAGAGGGUUAUCUGCCCUGUGGCAUGUGCAGGCCUUCAUACACACAAAGACGCUUUUGUCAUUGAGGAUGGGAAGUAUUGGGAAAAUUUAGUCUCAGGCAAAGAAGGGACUCCAAGGAUUCUUAUCAAACACAAGCUGUCUUUAAAAGUUUGCAGCAAUCAGUGGAACGGUUAAGCGAAUGUUCAGCGGCGUCCCUUAAUGUUUUCACGUGGUAAUCAGAGCUGUUCAUCGAGUUUAAGUAGCUGUGAUCAUUACAUUUCCAAAUCAGCUUGCCAUUUUUAUCGUGCCAGAAUUCCUCGGCUGACACAGAAUGCCAGCUUUCUUGCUUGAAGGUGAAGUGUCAUUUUUUUUCAGUGCUACAAUCCCAGUUUAAGUUGGGUUUAAAUGUUUUUGCCAUUUCAGA